AUGAAGUUCCUCAACGUCUUCGCACUCGCGUCCGUCACGGCCGCCUUUCCCACGCUCUCCGAGACCUCCGUUAAUGAGGUUGACGUCCGCGAACUCGAAGGCCGCCAGAUCGGCGGCGUGGGCAUCACUGCCAAAGAGUUCACCCAGGGCGGCUGCAAAGAUGUCAUCAUGCUCUUCGCCCGCGGAUCGACCGAGGUCGGCAACAUGGGCACCGUCUGCGGCCCUCCUACAGCCAACGAUGUCAAGGCCAACUUCCAGAGCGUGGCGGUCGAGGGUGUCGACUAUGCGGCCGGCCUGGCGACCAACGCGCUGCCCGGCGGCGCGGACCUCCAGGGCAUCGCCGAGAUGAAGCGGCUCAUCGCCAAGGCCAACUCUGAGUGCCCUGACUCCAAGCUCGUUGUCGGCGGUUACAGUCAGGGGGCGGCACUCACCCACCGCGCUGUUGAGAACCUCCCCCAGGCCCAGAAGGACCAGAUCGUCGCGGCAUUCACUUUCGGAGACACGCAGAACACCCAGGACAAGGGCCAGAUCCCCAACUUUCCCAAGGAGAAGACAAAGAUCAUCUGCGCCACGGGCGACGCCGUCUGCAAAGGCACGCUCAUCAUCCUUCCCGCCCACUUAUCGUACGGCAGAAAUGCCGGUGAGAUGGCCGACUUCAUCUCACAAAAGCUCACGGCUGCCGGUGUCAAGAGGCGCUAG